AUGCUAAGUGCUUUUACUGCUUUAGUGAGUGUCUUAAUACUUGUACCAACCAUACCACUUGUACUAUAUGCUAUUGGUCUGUUGUUACCUUCAAGUCAUAUUGUUUCCCGUUCAACAAAGUACAAUACAACAGCUGACAUCUUGUGGGCCAUCUUAACCAGUGUGGAAGACUAUCCUGCUUGGCGUUCUCAUAUCGACCGAGUUACUGUACGUCGUGAUGAAUUUGAGAAUGAAAUCAAUAAAUACGACCAAGAUAAUCGCCUUACCUUUGUUGAAUAUACCAAAAAAGACAGACGCACAGUGGUAAUGCAUGUUGAACAAGAACACGCACGCAAAUUAUUAAGAGUAUUGGAAGAAAGACCUUAUAUUGCCCCUGGUGGUGAACAGAUCAAGAAAUCAUCUACAUUCAGUGGUUCUUGGACAUUUACUAUUGAGCCUGUAGAAGGAGAAAGAGCAGUGAUACUCAAGAUUACAGAACAAGGAGUGAUUAAGAAACCUAUGGUGAGAGUAUCUCAUAUGCUUUUCUUUGGUUAUCAUCGUCGUAUUGAUCGUUUUAUGAAAGAUUUGGCUAAAGAAGUUGAGUUGGGUAUCCUUGAUAACAUGUCUGAACAACAGCAACAACAAGAAGAAGAACAACAACAACAGCAACAAGAGGAAGAUUAUGAAGCAGGACCUGAUGAUAGUGUUCUUUUACCCUCUAAACAUAUGACAGAAUCCAAACUUCUUGAUAAGGAAUGGGAUAUGAUGAAUGAAGUCUAUGAAAAGAAAUCCUAA